ACGAACGUUCUGAAGCCGCGUCGAGUCAAGAAACCAGUAUAAAGAGUUCACUCAUCCACAUUCACCUAACAAAACAAAAGCAUAUACCUACUCCAGAAAAAUAAAAGCAAGGUUGUAAAGUUGUUUCCAUAGAACUCUCUUUUAAGGCAAAUGGAAGAUUCAACUUUCACGGAUUUGAUGAUCGAUACUGAUGAGUAUCUGAUUGAUGAUUGGGAACAAGAGUUCCCGGUGAUACCUGAAGAAACUACUGAUCAUCAGAGCACAAAACCGGGUUGUGAAUCCGAAUUCGGGUUCAGUUUGAUACCCGAGAUCAGGCCAACAAAGCAAAUGAAAGUCAACUCAACAUCAUCUUCUUCUUGUGGUACGCUCACAGCAGCACAAGUGAUCUCGUUCGGUUCUCAAGACCCGAAGAUGAACGUGGUCGAGGCAUCAUUUAACUUCUCCAACGAAGCAAACAUGGAACAGAACGUCAGGUCCAAAAGAAAAGAGUGUGGUAAUAAUGGAGGAAAAAGAGAGCCACAUCUAUUGAAAGAACAUGUUUUGGCUGAACGUAAACGUAGACAAAAGCUCAACGAACGUUUAAUUGCUCUCUCUGCUCUUCUUCCUGGCCUCAAAAAGGCGGACAAGGCAAGUGUUCUUGAAGACGCGAUCAAACAUUUGAAGAAACUUCAAGAACGUGUAAAGAAGUUGGAGGAAGAGCGAGGAGGAGCCAUGAAAAUGGAUCAGUCAGUUAUAUUGGUGAAGAGAUCUCAAGUGUAUGUGGACGAUGAUUCUUCAUCUUACUCUUCUACUUGCUCUGCCGCUUCUCCUCCAGCUUCUUCUUUAGACGAAGUUUCGAUCUUGAAGCAGACAAUGCCUAUGAUCGAAGCACGAGUUUCAGACAGAGAUUUGCUGAUCAGGAUUCAUUGUGAGAAGAACAGAGGAUGUUUGAUUAAGAUCUUGAGCUCAUUGGAGAAGUUUCAUCUUGAAGUAGUCAAUAGUUUUACUUUACCCUUUGGAAGUUCAACUCUCGUUAUCACCAUUCUCUCUAAGAUGGACAACAAAUUUUCUCGACCUAUUGAAGAUGUUGUGAAGAACAUAAGACUUGCAUUAGCGGAAUAGUACUUUUCAUAACCAUUAUGUGAAUUUCUCAGUGACUAAAACGUGUGAUUUGAUCUCCAACGUCAAUCAGAAUACUCGUUUUUCUUGUUUUUUAAAAGUAGUAGUUGGAUAAUAAAAGCAGAGGAAUGCAUGAGAUGUGGGAUGUGUCGAGUGUAAUAGCUGGAUUUAGUGUGUGUGUGUGUGUGUAAUGAUGGCUGUAUCAUUGGUUUGAUUUUUUUCUAAUAUCUAUGAUUGAUUUAGUAAUGAAGAUCGAUGAGUUUUUAAUAGGUU